AUGCCUCCCAAAGCAAUCAAGGGCGAAUAUAUUGAAACCGACACUGGAAACAAGGUUUCGCGUCGUAACCAAGUCCAUGGCACGCAACACAUUAUUCUCGGCGGUAAAACUGUCAUCCAAGCCGACGUUUGCAUUCGCGGAGACCUAUAUCGGCAGCAGCCCGCUACGCCGUCCUCGGCCAGUGCCCCUGGCGGCACUACUAGCAACCCCAACACGCCAUCUGUAGCCGUAAACGUUGGCCGCUACACCUACCUCUCACGAUCUUGUCUGCUCCGCCCACCAUCGAGGCUCAACCGAGGCACCCAUUCAUACUAUCCUCUUAAAAUCGGUGACCACGUCUUCAUUGGGGAGCGUGCUGUCAUCGAGGCGGCUUCGAUCGGGAAUCAUGUCCAUGUUGGGAAAGAUGCCGUAGUUGGAUGCAUGGCAAUUUUGAAAGACUUUGUCGUGGUGUUGGAUGGCGCCGUGGUUCCAGCCGGGAUGGUAGUGCCGAGCUUCUGUGUUGUUGGGGGUGCUCCGGCGCGGGUAGUAGGAGAAGUCGGCGAGGGAUUUGGCAUCGAGGGAGCCGAGGGCGGCAUGGCAAGGGAGCGGUACCGGCUGGUGGGAAGAUAG